AUGAAGUUCUUCGCUACCGUUCUCGCCGCUGCCUCCGCAGUUUCUGCUGCCACUCCCGUCUUCGAGGUCCGCGAGUUCUCUGCUGGCUGCAUUCCCCACAGCUCCCAGUGCAGGUACGCUUUCCAGGUUAUCCAGGCCGGUUCCAUGGAGUCUUGGAAGGGUCACCCCGUCCAGUGCACCGCCCUCGUCCAGUCCAACGACGGUCUUCUCCCCAACGUCAAGGAAGCCCAGUGCGACGAGUCUUCUCGAACAUUUGACAUCGUCCGCAGCAAGAAGGGCCUGACCUUCUCCGUCUCCCAGCCAGUCACCCCCAGCAGCAACACAACCGCCAAGCACUCCAUUCCCAACAAGGAGCUCUGGGUGUCCAAGCAGCCCAACGCUGAGGUCCAGGCCUACAAGGGUCCCAAGGCUUUCAAGCUUUACUAA